AUGCAAGAGGUCAUUGCAGGGGUGGAAGAGUUUACUUUCACCUUCCAGAAGGAAGUUGAAAUGCAAAAGGACGCUGGGCUCCGGCCUUUCCAGGUCUUGGACAAAUCAGGCUCAGCUGUGUGCAACUUCUUUGCUAAAGGGCUGUGUAAAAAAGGUAAGUUAGUGGGCCUGGGCUCAGGGGUUAUGGCCCCCACUGGGGUCCAGGCAAAGGAAGGUCCACUAAGGACUGAGCUCCAGCACCUUCUGAGGGUUCCCUGGAGGGCUGAGCUGGGCCCGGCCGUGGGUGAUGGAGCCUCCAGGGAAGCUCUGCCCCUUGUGGUGGUGUGUAAGCACUGGCUACGGGGACUGUGCAAGAAGGGCCACCACUGCGAGUUCCUGCACCAGUAUAACAUUGCCAGGACGCCCCAGUGCUCUUUCUACUCCAAGUUCGGUGACUGCAACAAUAAGGAGUGUCCCUUCUUCCAUGUGAAGCCAGCCUUCAGGUCACAGGACUGUCCUUGGUCUGACCAAGGUUUCUGCAAGAAUGGUCCCCUCUGUAAAUACUGCCAUGUCCCCGGAAUAAUGUGUUUCAAUUACUUAGUCAGCUUCUGCCCUGAGGGACCCAGGUGCCAAUUUGCUCAGUGAGUUUGUUUUGUUUUGUUUUGUUUUUUGCAGUUUUUGGCCAGGGCUAGGUUUGAACCAGCUACCUCCAGCAUAUGGGGCCGGUGCCCCUACCCCUUUGAGCCACAGGCACCGCCCUGCUCAGUGAGUUUGAUUCUCCA